GUCCCUUUGUUCCAUCACAGGCCUGGACUCACGCGCGCUCGCAGACUGCUUACUCGUUGGCAUCGUGAUAUCUGGCAAGGGGAAAAGCUUUUCACAAGAAAUAUACAUACAGCACACACGAAGAUGGCUACUACGCCGCCGCGGUUCACGUCAGACGCAGCGGAUGAUUUCGGCAUCGCGACGCCUGCUACGCCAAAGCAUGGGCCAAAGUUCGAUCCUGAUUGCUACACUAUUAGAGAUCGACGGCGGAAAGAACAACACGCUGCUGCUGCUGCGGCUAGCGGUGAUCAUAAACCAACAGAGCUAUGGACGACCAAAGACUCGUGGCAGUCAAAACCCGAUUGCGCAGACGAAGCUGAAGCCGAAGAGCUCGCGGCUCCGACUCCUAAUUCCCGCGGAUCGCGACUUAGAACUCGCACGAGAACAAUCUCUGGGCCGCAACCUGGUGCACCAAUGUUGACCCCGCGCGAGACUCCGGACGCGAGAAGACAGCGUCGGGCGCAGCAGCAUCAUCAGUUCGAGCAGGCGCUGACGACGCCAAAGGAGGUGUCUUCGGCGCUUGAAGUCGAUAGUGAAGACGAAGAGCUGUUUCCUACUUUCCCAACUGCGUCAAAAUCUAAGAGCGCGACUAGAUCGGCGGCGAGGAUACUAUUCCCGACUGCGACUUCGUCAAAGACGACCCCUUCGUUCAAGGUGUAUGAAGAUGAAGAGGAAAUUUUGCCGCAGAGGAGUAGCAAGAUCCCGGUGUUUAGAGACGCUGAUGUUUUUGACGAUCCGUUUAAUUCGUCUUUUGUUGCGUCCAAGAAACGGUGUAGAGCUAUACCAGACCGCCAAACGGAGUCUCCUGAUUGUCUACCGUCAAAGAAGGGCAUGAUGUUCGUCUUUCGUGGAAAAAAGGUGUUCCGCCCGUUUGACGAGGAAGGCGACCUCUCAGACGACGAGCUAGCAGUGGCUCCCAUAAAACCAAGGAUUCUUUUCCCCGAGGCUCAGAAGAAGGCAAAAGAGCUAUCCGGCGACCCCGAUGACCGCUCGCCCACCCUCCCAUCAUCAUCCUCGUCAAUCUUCGACGACGGGCUAACCAGCCAAGAGUCAGAUUUCUCGCCCGCUACGUCGCAGCUGGGUUCCUCCAGCAUGAUUCUGCAAGAAAAGCUAGGCGUCAGUCGAGGUCGUCGAUCUUCAUCUUCGCGAUCGCUUCGGAGUGGAAGGUCGUUUGCUAUAGCGAGUAGUGAUGAUGGAGAGUCGUUUGUGACGGCGAGUCAGACUUCUGUUUAUAUGGAUAAUCCGGAAGAGGAGGAGACUGAUAUUGAUGAGAGCUACUGUUCGCCAUGAGGUUAGGUGGAGCGAGAUGGGUGUUUCGGAUUGCUGUGCGUCCACCAAUCACUGAUUAAAAGUGGAUGUAAAGGAGACGAUCAAGUGAUCCCGGAUCUCUCGUUCUAAAGAAUGACUAUCUACUAUUUCUUUUCUUGUUUUCAUUGUUGUGAUUGUGUGGAGUUUGCAUGUACAUAUAGUCCUUUGAAGACCACACGCAGGCGUUAUUGGGCUGAUCAUUGAACGGGAUGCUAUUGUUUUUUAUAUGAGUGUGUGGAUGUGGGCGUCGAAAUAGGAGAAUAUCAAG